CAUUCAUUGCAAAGCAUGGAGAGUCGUGGAAUGAGAGUGAGAGUGGCCGCAAUUUCCUUGGUGGUUGCUCUGCUGUGGAGCGGGGUAAGUGGGGGAAGCAUAAGCAUAUACUGGGGUCAGAGAGGCGACGAAGCCACUCUUGCCGACACCUGCGCAAGCGGAAACUUUGAAAUUGUGAUGCUCGCGUUUCUAAUCACGUUUGGCAAUGGACAGACGCCGGUGCUGAACCUGGCGGGCCACUGCGAUCCCCCCUCGGGAGGUUGCAAAUCGCUGAGCACCCAGAUUGAGUCCUGUCACUCCAGUGGCGUAAAGGUGUUUCUUUCCCUCGGAGGAUCCGUCGGAAACGCAAUGAUCACGUCAGCAGAGGAUGCACAAGAGGUGGCCAACUAUCUGUGGAACAACUAUCUUGGAGGGAAUUCGGGCUCCAGGCCUUUAGGACCCGCCGUUCUGGACGGCAUAGACUUCGAUAUCGAGUCCACGACGGCGCACUGGGACGAUCUGGCCAAGGCCGUUUCCAAACUUAGCACCAACUCCAAGAAGGUGUACCUCAGCGCUGCUCCGCAGUGCCCCUAUCCCGACGCUUCUCUCGGAGAUGCCUUGCAGACGGGGCUGUUCGACUAUGUGUGGAUCCAGUUCUACAACAACCCUCCCUGUCAGUAUGCGAAUGAGGACGCUUCCAAUUUGGUGAAUUCAUGGAACCAUUGGACCACGUCCGUACCCACUGCUCAAACACGGAGCUUUUACCUCGGUCUUCCGGCUGCGCCUCGUGCUGCUGGCAGCGGCUAUAUUGACCCACACGUACUCAUCGAAAAGGUGCUGCCUAAGAUCAAGCCUUCCUCAAAGUAUGGAGGAGUCAUGCUGUGGUCCAAGUACUGGGACGAGCAAACCAAUUACAGCUCGACCAUCAAAGAUUCUGUAAUUAUGAAGCCCUCCCUGGUUGAGCUCCCUACUUUGGCCUCUCUCUGAGAAGGAAACAUGUACUAGUACUUAAAUAAUAGUUUCGCUUAGGUAAUGCUCAGCCUGCUUUUCUUCACCCUUCUAAGAGUGGAGGUUAAGAUAUGUAAUAAUUCUACAUAGAUAUGUAGUAAUUCUACAUAAUCUAUGUUUAAUGGUACUAAGAGAUUGUAAGU